GGCCUCCUCGCAAGAGACAUAAUGCAACGUGCGGUCUGACGGAUCACUCGCUUCGCGGACGCGAUCGAUUGAUCGAUCCUACACGGUCGCAAAGUGUAACUUUAACCGCGUUUAAUUUUAAUCAACAAUUUCUGCUUAUUAUUAGUCCGGAUUGUCUAUUGUCUGAGAUUAUUUGACUGGGUGCCAAAAGAAUUAUGAAAGUUUUCUUUAGUUCAGGUUCACGGAGAUCAUUAAUUGUGACGAGACGCGGAAACGUAUCGGACAAAUAAGAAGACGUUGAUAAAAGACGUCUUUGUAUGAUGAACGAGAGACGGAGUGAAUCUUCUAAGAAGAAAUUGGAAUAAGAAAAGAUUUGAUUUGCAUAAUGAUUGCUAAUAAUGAUGACAAUUGUUGAAGAAAUAUUACGUAUUAUGUACAAAGAAUAAGUCUUUGUUUCAAGUUCCUUCGAGAAUGAAUGAUAUAAAUCAUACGUAAUCUAAAUAUAAAUAACAAAAAGUACGAUCGCAUGUAAGAAGUAACACAAUAUAAUCACGUUACGAUAUGAAAAUACAUUAUACACAGUUCGAAUUGUUAUAAAUGGCGAAAUAUCUUACACUGUUUAUAAUAAACGUAAAAAUGUGAAGAGAGAUAUUAAAAUUAUAUUUCCGCGUGCAUAUUCAUUGAUUAUUAAUUGCAUAAGAAUACAUUAUCACGAUUUGUUAUAAACCGCAAAAUACUUUACGCUUAUAAAUGACGUAAAAAUUUAGAGAAGAUUAUACACAAAUUGUACUUUCGUGUGCGUACUAAUAUAUUCGUUGAUUAGCCAAGGAAAUUAUCAAGAGUAGUUCUUUAGAACAAGAGUUCUCUGAGUUCUUUAGAACAAGAUUAACUGCGUCUAAUAUCUCUUCUCACUGCAACUAUAACGAUAAGUAUUAUAGUCGAGGAUAAAUCUUCACUCACACAAUGUGCAUUAAAUGUGCAUAAUUCAACCGACCUACGCAAUUGUCAGACAAACUUUUCGUUCCCAAUAACCUGAUAAACGUUAAAGAGAUAGACAGAAAGCUGAUAAGCAGUGCGAAAGAUAUUUCUCUCAAUAAAAUUUAAUCAUGUCGACAAGAAAACGUACAACGAACGCGAUGCGUAUAUCGCGGGCCCGGAUGGCCGACAUUCAAUUCAAGGAUCUGUCUUUUGAGAUUCAAAUUGGAUAUCGUAAGAUUAAGAAGAAAAUCUUAAAGAAUCUAAAUGGAGUCUUCAAAGCCGCGGAGCUGACAGCUAUUAUGGGACCGUCUGGUGCCGGAAAAUCUACAUUGCUGAAUGUUUUGACGGGAUUUCGACAAGGACACUUGACUGGUACAAUUGAAUACAGUAGUAGUGAAGGUAGACAGAAUUGGGAAAUGUACAAGAAGCAAUCGUGCUAUAUUCAACAGACGGACAAUCUGUACGGUUUACUUACUGUUCAGGAGAGCAUGAUGAUUGUGACCUAUCUGAAGAUCGAUAAUGCGACGGUAAUGUUUAGACAGAUACUGAUCGACAACAUUCUGGACACGCUGAAGUUAUCGAAAGUGAAGGAUACAAGAGUCGACCGGCUCAGCGGAGGACAGAAGAAGAAAUUGAGCAUCGCCCUGGAAUUGAUUGAUAAUCCGCCGAUAAUGUUUUUAGACGAACCGACUACCGGUCUAGACUCGUUAGCGUCUCUGCAAUGCAUUUCCACGUUGCAGACUCUGGCAAAAAGUGGCCGAACGGUGAUUUGUACCAUACAUCAACCCAGCGCCGCGAUCUAUCAAAUGUUUGAUUAUAUUUAUCUGAUAGUCGACGGCAACUGUUUGUACGCCGGCAUGCCUGAUAAUACGGUGAGUUAUUUCGCUCAGCAAGAUUUUCAGUGUCCACAGUAUCAUAAUCCUGCGGACUAUAUGUUGGAGGUAGUCAAUCAAGAAUAUGGGAAUUAUAACAAUCAAUUGGUCGCAGCGGCGAAGAAAUAUUGUCAGAGAGAGGAGACAUCUCUCAAGAUGCACAUCAUGAGAGAAGCGACGUUCUACGACGAGAAAACGAAAAUGGACCCACCUUCCGAAAUGGCAAAAUUCAAAGUGUUGUUAUAUCGUUCCGCCCUGAUAAUAUAUCGAGAUUGGUCGGUGUACUACGUCAAGAUAAUCAUGAAUUUUCUCGUAGCUAUCUUAAUCGGCUUGAUAUUCGAGCAUGUUGGCAUUAAUGCCAAAAGAACCACUAGCAAUGUUAGUUUCUUAAUGUUAACUGUAUUAUACUUCAUCUACAUCAGUUUGAUGCCAGCCGUUUUGAAAUUCCCUUUGGAGUUGGAUAUUUUAAAAAAGGAACGCUUCAACAAUUGGUAUCAACUGAAGACUUACUAUAUAGCCAUGUUGGUGAUCACUCUACCGUUGACCAUAUCAUCCACUUUUGUUUUCUCAAUCAUUUCUUAUGGGCUAACCAAACAACCUAUGGAAUGGUCUCGGUUUUUCAUGUUUCUACUCAUUACGACCCUGACGUGUUUCACUUCGGAAAGCAUAGGCUUAGGUUUAGGAAUUAUUUUCAAUCCUAUCAAUGGCACCUUCUUCGGAGCCGUUCUUAUAGCGAUGAUGGUGACGUUAGCUGGCUUUCUGGUAUUUUUCAAUCACAUGCCGCGGAUUUUUUAUUACGUUAGUUAUAUAAACUACUACAGAUUCGCUUUCGAUGGCUUGGUACAAGCGAUUUAUGGUUUUCAACGAGAGGCAAUACCUUGUCCAAGUAACAUCGAGUACUGUCAUUUACGAAUGCCGUCGCUGAUAUUAGAAGAGCUGAGUAUGACCAAAUCUAUAUUCUGGAUCGACGUCAUUGUCCUGCUCGCCUGGUUCGUGGUCAUUCGGAUUGUGGCUUAUGUGACGUUAAAAAGAAAGCUUUCGAAAAUAUGAAUUUGAUAAUUCUGUAUGUUGCUCGGUAUUACAGCUGCAUUUAAAACGAAGCAUAGAUUUUUUGUUUUCAUGCUGUUUUCGUAUCGAAGAUGGAAAGACACAUUAAUCGAUGAUCAAGAUCCUCAAGGAUCUAUUCGCAAAUGUGAAGAAAAAAUUGUGUAAUGUCAGCGUGGCUGUGAGAACAUAUUUAUAGCUUCGUAAUAAAAUCUUUUCGCGAAGAUUUAAAGUGAUAAUUUCUAAAUAUAAUACGUUUAUUUCUUUGUAAUGAGAUCUUUCCACUGAGUCUUAAAGAUAGAAGACAGUGAUAGUUUCUAAAUAAUGUCGAGACGUCAACAAAAUAAAUGCUUACGCAACUUACGUGCACGGUAGGAAGUAAAAGUAAUGCUUCUAUUGAGUCGAUUUUUGCAACUUGAUCUGAUGCAAACCAACGAGAUAAAAUACAGAAUAUGGAGGAUGGAGUAUGGUUAUAGAAAGUGAACUGUGACAUUGUGGACGCUAAGUGCGCGAUGACUUUCACGCUCGUGUUCAAUGGUACGUGCUAGGACGAUAAUGAAUAUAUUAUCAUGGUUAUUUCGCGUUAUAGAAGUUAUAGAAGAGAUAAGAAAAUACAAUUCUGCUUUGUAAACGUUUUCUUCAAGCUUUAUGUUAAUAAUAAUUUUUCUGUAAUGAAUUCAGGUUUUGCAAAUCAGAUUAUCAUUAUUAAUAGAAUUACAAUUGCUGCGCGUAUAAUAUAAUUUAUGAAAAUGACUUAGACUUUAUUCAGUUUAUAAAUAUUCUUCAAUAUUUCUGUGCAUAUCUGAUAUCAUAUAUCAGAUAUUAUUAUACGAGAGAGCUUCCAUGGUUCGAGGGUUUCCAUGAAUUAUACUCGUAAAUAAUAACCUUUCAACUGAUUGGAAUAUCUGAUAUUCUGAUACCUGAAUAGUAAGCAAAUAUUUAUAUACACGAUAUUGUAUAUUGUAAAUUGUUACUGCAGAGUUUCACAUAAGAAUAUGCACAGAUAAAUUAAGCAUAAUUAUUUUGAAAAGGUUAUAAAGGGUAAUGAAAUGAAUUAACAAAA